AAUGCUGGUCUUAAGUUAGAUCUAGGCCCAUCUAGUUCUAGACCUAGCUUAUAGGCUAGUUAGUAGUUUUUGAACAACGUUUGUUUGUCCUAGAGAGGUACACAUGUCUGGAGAGUUGGCAGUCACGUUGACGGUUUCUUUAGAUCUACAUUGAGGUCUAGUCUAGACUAUAGACUCUAGUCCAUGAUCUAGAAUAAUCUAGAUUUAUUAUAUAUACUAUAUAUAGAUCUAGACUCUUGUUUAGAUCUACGAUAGUGAUAGAUCUAGUCUUGAUUUGGCUAAAUCUAUAGUACUAUAGUCUAUUAUAUCAGAGGCAGAGCCAGAGGUAUACUGAUCGGUGUCUCUUUGUUUUUUCUGUCAAGGUUAACUUUUAUUAGUUUUCUCUUGAUAUUAGCAAUGACUAGUGCUGCUGAAGGGGAUGAUGCUCAAAAAGUGAAGCAUCUGUCACCCAGAAGAAUAGAUGACCAGAACAUAUUAUGGAUACCAAUCCAGUCAGUCAACCCACACUUGAUAUGUGGUCUGUGUCAAGGAUAUCUGUAUGAAGCAUGCACAAUCACAGAGUGUAUGCAUUCUUUCUGCAAAAAUUGCAUUGUAAAACACCUAGACAGAAGUUUGAAUUGUCCAAUGUGUGCCAUUCUCAUCCAUCCUACAGAUCCUUUUGUUCACAUAAGGUUUGAUGGUCUUUUGCAAGACAUUGUCUAUGCACUUCUUCCUCAUGUAGAAAAAGAUGAAUUGAUGAAAGAAAAGGCUUUCUACGAAAAGCAUAAUAGAGAAAUAAAUAAAACACAAACACGAGUAGCAGUCAAGGCUCAACCUGCCAUUCUCCCUACCCCACCCAGACAUUCCUCUUACAAACAUUUGUAUGUCCCUCCUAUUUCUUUAAGGUUAAAAUGUUUAGAGGCUAAAGAUGAUAUUCAUAAUUUGACUAAAGAGUACAUUCGGGUCACAGGGGGUGCCACUAUACAUUCUCUUUCAGAAUUUUUAAAGAAAAAACUGCGAAUUCAAGACACACACAAGAUAGCCUUAUAUUGUCCAAGUCGUUCAGGAUAUGUUUGCCUCAACAAUAGUCACACUCUUAAAGCUGUGAAAGAUUUGUAUUGUCAUGACAGAGAAAUUUUAGAUUUAAACUAUGACAUUGGCCAAUGGUGACAUCAAAAGAUUUAUCUUUUUUUUUUUUAAUGGGCAUUAGAUUUUCUGGGAUUUAAAAUAUACAAGUAUCUUUUGAAUUUAAUGUAAUUACAUUCAUACUCCUUAAUUUCUCAUAUUCUAGUGUAACCAGUCUUAUGAAAUACUGUCUAUACUACAACUUUGCUUUGACCAAAAGAGUAAUAUGCAUAUAAAAAAGGGAAAAAAUAAACUGUAUCAUUAAAAAAAUGUAAUACAAUGCAAUUUAUACAAGAAAAAUUCUUUGAAAACAAUGAAAUACUCUUUUUUUUUCUUUUUUUUUUUUACAAUUUAAAGAUCUCCAUUUUUUUAAAGCAAAGCUGUAGCUUUGAUUCAAUGCAUUUAGUUGAAAGGUCUGACUUUCUGAGUUCCAUAGUUCUGAUUUUAAACAAAAUGUAAUAUACUUUCUAUAUUAAUGUUGAUGUUUGCUUUUGUUAUUUAUGAAUAAAUACUGUUCAAAA